AACAUGACUCUAAGUUAAUAAUGUAUAAGAGAGAUUCUCGACCAUACGAUCAAACUCCAUACAUUACCGGAGGUGGAUUAGCGUAUGGUAUUCUAUGUACAUUUUCUCUCUUCUUAAUGAUCGCUCUCUCUAUAAUCUACGGCCGUCUCGAAUACAACCGAAUUUUUGCUUAUUUUUGCAUAUCAAUGGUUACUUUUUAUAUACCUCACGUUCUUGGUGCAUGGAUAUUCGGUGCAAAUUUACGUCGCGCUCCUUCUGCAUUCUGCUGGAUUCAGGCUCUAUGGAUAAAUGCAUCAGGAAUUGCUGCUGGUCUUUCAAUAUUGAUUUAUUCUUACGAGAUUUAUAGACGUAUAGUAUGUAAUAUAACCGAUGGAGAAUGGAAACGGAGAAGAUAUUACAUUGUAAUAUGUAUUAUUUUUCCUUUGUUGGUUGGUGUCAUUCCUCCAUUUUUGAUUGCUGAAAGACCUGAUGGAAUU